CAUUCACUCUCACUGUAAUGAUCCGCUCAAUCAUCCUUAAGCUUCCCCCCCCAUGGCACGUCAUGCCACUUUCGCUGAUGUGUCUGGGUUCCGCUAAUUCUACUCAGUCAUCUUUGGUCUCAGCGCUUAGUCUAAUCAUACCAGCGUCUAUCGUGCCGAACGGCCCUAACAACAUGAUGCAAAUACACAUGCAUGUAACCAUCACCCGAACCCGAACCUCUUCUCUCGGCUGAUCUCCGUUCACGGUCCACAUAUCCCUACUCCGUCUUCUCCUACCACUCAUUCUACCCAUUACUAAGCCCAUCCUUUGGCUUCAUCGUUCCAUCAUGUCCGAUAGCGCAGAAAGCCAAUCUAUUAAACUUGAAAUCAUUGGCGGAGAAAAUCUUCAAGUCCCCUCCUGGCGCAUGCCUGCAGGCAUUUACGUGUCCAUCAAUGUCGGCUUAAGGAGACGCUGGACAUCAGCCAUCCGUGUCUUAUCAUCCGACGAAUCCGUAGCGUGGGGAGAUACCAUGACCCUAUCAUCUCACGAGUCACUUGCAUUAUCAAUGGAGAUUAGAGCGUCCUUUGAGCUCGAUCGAACGCUGGGCAAUGGUGAAAUCAUCGGAAGACUUCAAACAUCGUGGUAUGAGUUGCUCGAUCAUGGAGAUGAACCAUUUGAACUAUCCUUCCCACCCGUUCGCGGUGUCACUCCUUCGCUCACGCUGAAGGUCACUGUUGUACAUGCUAGCGAUAAUCAGGACGGCGCACUACUUGACUCCCUCGUAGACUGCGAGAUUGCUCGUGAAACAGAUGCGGGCCACGUACGAUUCUCCAGAUACAUGAGACACUACAGGGUCUCUCACCUGAACGGUGCUGUAGAGCGGUUUCAGUUGGUUCUGGACCGCUGUCCGGUCGACCAUCCUGACCACGCAGCGGCUCUCACCAACCUCGCGUGGGCCAGCCUUCGAGGCUACAUUCGAAACGAUUUUCAAGACAUUGAUACAACCACUUCCCUCUUCCGCGAAGCCCUUGCAUUGCGUCCGCAGGGCCACCCAGAUCACGCAUUAUCUCUGUAUUAUCUCAUUACAGCAUUAAACUGGCGCUACAGCAAGGAGCCUACCGCCGUCUUCAUUCACGAAUCCCUGCAGCUGUGCUGCAAGCUACUGCCGCUCUGUUCAGAGGGCACUUACCUUCGUAGCAUCGGCGUAGAUGAUGUGGUCGAUUAUGCGAUUGAGGAAUGCGACAGUCUUCCGAUUGAUGCAUCGGACGAAGGCAUCCGCUUUCGACGAGUCGUGCUCGAGCUCUGCCCACUGGGCCAGAAAUAUCGUUCAAGCGCACUUGACAAUCUUUCAUGGGCUCUCGUGACACGCUUUGACCAGCGCGGCAGCAUUGAUGAUCUAGAAGAGAGCAUACAACUUCGUCGUGAAGCCGUUUCUCUGUGCCCCGAGGGACAUUCUGACCGUGGUGCCUACCUGAACAACUUGGCCUUCUCACUCCAAUCCCGCGUUGAUCACCAAGGCAAAUCUCAUGACCUAGACGAGGUCAUCUCCAUGCACGAAGAAGCCCUGCGCCUGAGGCCUGUUGGGCACGAAUUUUGUGAUUGCUCAUUGGACAACCUAGGGGGCGCCCUCCGCACCCGUUUCAACAAACGCGGUGACGUUGAUGACAUCAACCGAGCUGUCAGCCUCUUUCGCGAGGCACUGACAUUGCGCCCACCUGGGCAUCCAGGUCGUGACACCACGCUUAACAACCUUGCCCUCGCGCUCAAAGAGAGAUAUGACAAAUUGGACGCCACCGAGGAUCUUAACGAAGCGAUUGAUCUGUUUCGCGAAUCCAUUCAGGUAACACGGCUUGACCAUCCAGAGCGCCAUAGAACUCUUUACAAUUUGAGCUCGGCGCUCUGCUCUCGUUUCACGGGAACUCGGCAGCAUGAAAAUGUCGAGGAGGCCAUUCGACUCUGCCAAGAGUCAUUGGAGGCCUUACCCUCACUGCACCCGGACCGGUUUUUCAGCUACAUACGCCUGAAGGAUGCCUAUGUAUCUCGUUAUGAAAUGGAGCACAACCCCGCUGAUUUGUCGCUUGUUGUAGAGAACUUCAUACUCGCAUCACGACACCCUACUCAAGGAUUUCCGCACCGUCUCAUGGAGGCAUGUGAUUGGAUUGUCAAAGCGGAGCAGCAUGGUGAUGGAUCCGCACUGGAGGCUUACUCAACAUUUUUUGAGCUUCUGGAUGCUCAUUUGGGAACACGAUCAUCAACCACUUCGCGGCGCGAAGCUGGCUCUGCCUUCCACCAUGCCAGAUCACUACCUGUAGACGCAGCAUCGUGUGCUAUCCGCAGUGAUAAUCUCCGGCGUGCAGUUGAACUUGCGGAGCAGGGCCGUGGACAGCAAUGGUCAUUGGCCUCUCGACUCAAAACUCCAGUUGAAGACCUCGAGUCAAGACAUCCACAUCUAGCCCGCAAAUUUUCGGGGCUGAGCAAGCGCGUUUCCAACGCCGCUCAGGGUUCUGCAGCCAUCACCGACAGAGCUGCAGCCGAAGUAGCAGAAACAAACUACAGGAAAAUUACGACGCAAUGGGAAGCUGCGGUAGCUGAGAUACGUGAUCUUCGAGGUUUCUCGCGGUUCCUACUUCCACCUUCGUACGAAGACUUGCAAGUGGCAGCUCGCAAUGGCCCGGUCAUCAUCCUCAUUGCCAGCAAAUACUCGUGCAGCGCCAUUGUUGUCCCGACGUCAGGAGAGCCCCACCAUAUUCCCUUGUCGUCUGUCACUCUCUUAGAUCUGGAGAAUCUCAAGAGUCGCUUCGCCAGAGCGAUACAUGAAGCAUCUCGUAUGAGCCUAACAGAAUCAAGAACAGACCUAAUAGUCCUCUUGCGCAUAGUAUGGGACAAUAUCAUGCUACCCAUCGUCAACGUACUCGAGCAUGUCCUCGAAUUGAAGCGCGGUUCCCGAAUCUGGCUGUGUCCAACUGCAGCUUUCACUUCUAUUCCUCUCCACGCAGCUCACCCCUUCCAAAUGAAGGCGGAUCGCUCUGGGAAGGAGCCUUGCCUCGAGGAUCUCUACGUCUGUUCUUACACGCCUACCCUUUCGGCGCUGAUCAGAUCUAGGCAGAUGAAGAAGAAACGAUGUGUGCCUCCAUCCUUUGUGGCGGUUGGGCAAGGUCAACCGAGCGGAGGGAAUGGCAAGGCGCUCUUAGCUGUCGAUAGCGAGCUCGAGCUUGUCCAUAAGCUCGUCCCUGCAACGGCCAAUCGUUCCACUGUUUCUGGUGACGCAGCCACACGAGCAGGUGCACUCAAAGCCCUGGAACAGAACACCUGGGUGCACCUCGCAUGUCACGGCAAGCAGGACCACGACCAGCCGUACAAUUCCCAUUUCGUCAUGAAGGACGCACCUCUCACGCUGCUCGACAUCAUGGAGAAAGACAUCCCGCAUGGUGAAUUCGCGUUCUUAUCAGCGUGUCAUACUGCCGUCGGCGAUAAGGAGACGCCUGACGAAGUCAUCCAUCUUGCUGCUGGACUUCAGUUUUCGGGGUUCAAGAGCGUCAUUGGCACGCUGUGGGAGGUUGACGAUGCUGUCGCGAAACACGUCGUUGAGGCUUUUUAUGAGAAUAUGGUCAAGAAGUUGGGGGAUGGCGAGUUCAUGGACUGUACGAAGGCGGCUUGGGCGCUGAACCGUGCUACUCAUGCCGUGAAGACGAAGGUGCCGCUCGAGCAGAGGAUGGUUUUCAUACAUAUUGAUGGUCGUCUGUUCACACUCCUCACUUACAGCUCCGUGUGCAUCACGGAACAAAACUUCGUAAUGUCAUUUCCUCAUUUUCGGUUCUAUGUGGUGCAUUGA